GCCAGGUUUAGGAGACGCGCCGCAGAUGCCGUCUGAUGCCGUGCCACCGACCACGAAAGCCAGCGGACGAACGCCGGCAGUGCGGAUCGUUGACCUCGAACUGUGGUACGGCAGCGGCGACAAACGGGUCGACAUCUUCGAGGGGGUCAACAUGACGGUGCCCCGCGGCGACAUCUACGCGCUCCUAGGUUCCUCCGGCUGCGGCAAGACGACGCUCCUGCGCUGCAUCAUGGGCCGUAAGCACUUCCAGAAGGGCGACAUCCGGGUCUUCGGCAUGGCGGCCGGCACCCCGGGCUCCAAGAUACCUGGCUCGAACGUGGGUUACAUGCCGCAGGAGCUGGCCUUGUACAACGCGUUCACCAUUGAAGAGACGCUGCAGUUCUUCGCCCGUCUCUACCUCAUGGACCCGCAGCAGUGCAAGGAGAGGGCCGACUUCCUCGUCGGCCUGCUCGACCUUCCCGACCCGAAGCGGCUCGUGUCGUACUUGAGCGGAGGUCAGAAGCGGCGCGUAUCGCUCGCCGUGUCGCUGAUACACAGCCCUCCGUUCCUCAUCCUGGACGAGCCGACUGUGGGCAUCGACCCCGUGCUGCGCAAGUCCAUCUGGAGCCACCUGAAGACACUGUCCGAGCGCGACAACAUGACCAUUAUGAUCACCACGCACUACAUUGACGAAGCUCGUCUGGCCGGAACUGUGGCCUUCCUGCGCGAGGGCACCAUACUGGCCGAGGAGUCACCCGAAAAGCUCAUGGAGCAGCACAACACGCGCAACCUGGAGGAGAUCUUCCUGCGACUCGCCAAGCAGGACAAGUCGUCCCUACCGCCGGCGCCCGAAAUGGUCACUGUCGAGGACUCGCAUACUGACCGACCGGCAACGCCGUUGUCGUUCAUGUCGUCCGCCCUAGAGCAGCGACCGAGGAUGAACAUGAAGGACUUCGGCCGGUCCAUGAAGAGGGUGGGCGCCAUGUUCAGUAAGAACGUGAUUAAGUUCCGGCGCAGCUUCGGCCUACUCGUGUAUAGCAUGUUGCUCCCUGCCAUCGAAGUGAGCAUGUUCUGUGCUGUGCUGGGCAAGGUGCCCACCGGACUGAGGAUAGCCGUCGUCAACGAGGAGGCUGCGUCGUCAGCUGACACCACUCCGCUCCUCGGCACUGCUUUCUUCGACGCCAUGGACAGCACAAUAUUACCGCAAAUAAACUACGACACCCUGAGCAGUGGCAUCGAAUCUGUGAAAUCGGGCAUGACGUACGGAGUGGUGCACGCCAAGGUCAACUUUACGACCAGCCUCAAGGCGCGCUUCAGCCCCACUGCGCAGCUGAGCGCAGCAUUUCUGGAUUUCGCCUCUUUGCACGCCCACCUAGACAUGUCCAGUGUGCGUCCUUACGAGAUCGUGCUGGCGCACGUGUGCUCCCUAUCUUUCGUGGUGGUCGCCCAGGACUUGCUCUUGCUCUUCGUCGGUUUCGUGGUGUUCGAGCUGCCCUCGAGGGGCCCGCUCUUUGGCGUAAUCAUCAUAGCCAUCAUGCAGGGCAUGUGCGGCAUGGCGCUCGGUCUGAUGUGCUCUGCAGUUCUGGAAACGGCUACAACAGCCGCCAUGGUAGUGGACGGCAUUAACUACCCAAUCAUGAUGAUCAGCGGUAAGCGACCUAAAUUCAACCUCAUAGUGCGGGCUUUAUUUUCUCCGCGUGCCGCAGGCAUUCUCUGGCCUCUGGAAGGCAUUCCGAAGUUCAUACGCUACUUCAGCUACGCAAUGCCUCUGACGCUUCCUGCUGAUGCGUUGCGCAGCGUCAUGUCCAAAGGGUGGGGGCUCACGCACCCCAACGUCCUCUCGGGCCUGCUCGUGAACACCGGGUGGACGAUAAUCUUCAUCGUCAGCUGUAUGCUGCUUUUCCGCCAGUAG